AUGACAUCCCAAGUCGGCAUUUCAAUGGCGCUACCAGCCUAUACCGUUGACCCCGCAUUCGUCGCUCGCCGCGCCGAAGAGCUCGGAUUCGAGUCAAUCUGGUUCGCCGAACAUCCCAUCCUGCCCGUCGAGUCCGACAGCCCGUUUCCGGGGUCUGACGACGGCAUUAUACCGUGGACAUACGCGCACUUCACCGAUCCGUAUAUUGCGCUGGCGCGCGCCUCCGCGGUCACGACGGACCUGAAGCUCGGCACGGGAAUCACGCUCAUCACGGAGCGCAACCCGCUUGUGCUUGCCAAGGCUAUCGCCGCGCUGGACUUUUACAGCGGCGGCCGCUUCCUGUUCGGCAUCGGCACGGGCUGGCACCGUGAGGAGACUGAGUUGAUGGGCGGCGACUUCGACCACCGCUGGACGCAGGCACGUGAGGCUGCGCUUGCGCUCAAGGCACUGUGGACCGAGGACGAGGCGGAGUUCCAUGGCAAAUACUACGACUUCCCGCCAGUGCAAUGCUACCCAAAGCCCGCGCAAGACCCGCACCCGCCGAUUCUGCUGGGCGGCAUGGCGAGGAACGUGCUGCGGCGCGUUGCCCGCUGGGGCGACGGCUGGCUGCCGAACCGCGUGACGCCGGAGCAGGUGCACGAGGGUCGUCUCAUGCUCGACACGCUCGCUGCCGAGUACGACCGAGACCCCGCCGCGCUGACCAUCAACAUCUACGGACAGCCGCCUGAGCGCGACCUGGUGGAGUCUUACCUGGAAGCGGGCGCGAACCGUGUCAUCGUGCGCUUGGAACUCUGCGAGUCUGAGGAAGCGAUGGAAGAGGAAUUGGGGCGCGUUGCUGCUGCCGUCUUGUAA